AUGGGAUUUAUAAUAAAAACUGUCUGGCUGUACGCCGUUAUCAGCGUCGUCUUGGUAUCAUUAUGUGGUCUUCUGGGGGCUUUAGUCAUUCCUAUUAUGGGACAUGCCAGUUACCAACAACUACUCCAAUUUCUCGUUGCUCUCGCUGUAGGAACACUCUGCGGGGAUGCUUUACUGCAUUUAUUGCCUCAUGCUAUCGUUCCCCACACUGAUGAACAUUCGGAGGUAGAUCAUGUUGAUCACAAUGCUGCUAUGUGGAAAGGGUUGGCCAUAUUAUUAGGAAUAGUUUUCUUUUUUUUCACUGAAAAGUUUUUAAAUUUAGGAUCUGAAUGGAGGAAAAAACGACAAAGAAGCAAAAAGGUUCAAGGACACUCUCAUGUUCAAAUAUUAAAUGGAAAUAACGAUGGUGAUUCUAUCGGUGAAAAACUUUGCAAGCACAAAUAUAGUUCUUAUCCAUAUUGUUAUUCAGAUAUAAAAAGCAAUAAAGAUGGUCACGAGCAUCACAGGAGUGAUGCAGGGGAGAAUGAAAUUGCGACUGAUGAUAAAUUGAACGACAAAAGCAAAAAUAAAAUAAAAAUAAAUGAAAUAAAAUGUGAUAAAAAAGACGGAGAAUACACCGUGAUAAUUAGGGAACACGAAACAGCUCACCACGGUCACAGUCACGCCCAUGGCCACGUACAUUCGCCCCCCGAAUCUUUAAGUUCUGUUGUUUGGAUGGUCAUUUUAGGAGAUGGUCUUCAUAAUUUCACAGAUGGUAUGGCUAUCGGUGCUGCUUUUUCAAAUAAUAUUGCCGGAGGUUUUUCAACGGCUGUUGCUGUUUUCUGUCACGAAUUACCCCACGAGUUAGGUGAUUUUGCCGUUUUAAUAAAAGCUGGAAUGUCUGCAAAACAAGCUGUUUUUUACAAUUUAAUUAGCAGCAUUUUAUGUUUCGUCGGUAUGGUUUUAGGAAUUUUUAUCGGUGAUAAUCCGACAUCAACGUCUUGGGUUUUUGCCGUUUCCGCGGGAACGUUUUUAUACAUUGGACUAGUUGAUAUGGUAAGGAUAAAUCAAUCAAUCAAUCAAUCACGUUUAUUUACAGAACGGUUGCAUUACUAA